UGUCAUUUUCAACAAGACGAGACACAUGUUUUUGUAAACUUUCCUGUAAUAUUGUCACGUUUGUACAGUCUGCCGGUUUUACUGAAGGAUCAAAGAAAAAUGUCGACUACGCCAUUAAAGAUUUUAGUUAGUGGGGAUGUAGAAGGAAAGUUAACACAGCUGUAUAAUAGGAUAAAUACCAUACAGAAGAAAGGUGGGCCAUUUGAUAUGCUGUUGUGUGUUGGAGAUUUCUUUGGUGAUUCUGAUGAAGAAUUUCAGCAAUAUCUUAAGGGUAACCUCAAAGCACCAAUAUCCACAUUUAUUCUUGGACCUAGCAAGGAACAUCAUGGAGAUCAUUUUAAAGAUGUUAAUGGUACUGAACUCUGUGAUAACAUUACAUAUUUAGGGAAGAAGGGUGUCUUCAGUGGCAGCUCAGGUUUACAGAUAGCCUAUCUCUGUGGAAAGGAGGGAGAUGAAAGCGAUGCCUCCCAUUUUUCAAGUGAAGAUUUGAAUUCUAUCAGGGUACCCCUUCAAACAGAUUCUUCAAAUUACAAAGGUGUGGAUAUUUUAUUAACAUCUCAAUGGCCCAGGGGUGUGGAAAAGUAUGGAUCUAAAGCAGAAGAAGUUGACAGCAAUACAACUGGUUCUUCCUUUAUUGCACAAUUAGCAGUGGAUCUCAAACCCAGGUAUCAUUUCUCUGGCCUAGAGGGGACAUUUUAUGAAAGACAGCCAUACAGAAAUCACAAAGUUUUAGCAGAGAGCGCAAAACAUGUAACACGGUUUCUUGCUCUUGCCAAAGUGGGAAACAAAGAAAAGAAAAAAUGGUUAUAUGCAAUGAAUAUUGUACCUCUGAAUAAAAUGAACUCUGAGGAGCUGGUGAAGCAACCGGAGGAUGUGACAGAGUGCCCGUAUAAAAAUAUACCAGUACAGGCCAAACCUAAGGCACAGGAAGAAUCAAGUACUCAGUUCUUUUAUGAUAUGAGUGGUGGCCAAGGGAAGAAAAGGCCAGGGGACAAGACAAAAGGACCACCAGAGAAAAAACAACAGAGAAAACCACCUCAACCAACAGGGCCUUGUUGGUUCUGUCUUGGAAGUCCAGAAGUGGAGAAGCACCUGGUGAUCAGUAUUGGAACUCAGGUAUAUUUGGCCCUGGCCAAGGGUCCACUGGUUCCAGAACAUGUCCUGAUUUUACCCAUUGGUCACUACCAGUCAACAGUGUCAUUACCAGAUGAUGUGAGGAGUGAAAUAGAACAAUUCAAAUCAGCUUUGAAAAAAUUCUAUAAGAGUUUAGGAAAAGCAGCAGUGUUUUUUGAAAGGAAUUUUCGUACUCAGCAUCUGCAGAUUCAGGCCUGUCCAAUUGAAAGAGAUCAUGUACAAGAUGUGAAACAAGUUUUUGAUGAGUGUGCAUCAUUUCAAAAGUUAGAGCUCCAUGAAAUUCCAAAGCUUUCUGAUCUGAAACAGAUAGUUCCUGUUGGUGCUCCUUACUUUUAUGCAGAACUUCCAACAGGUGACAAGCUGCUUCACAGAAUCUCAAAGAACUUUCCACUUCAGUUUGGCAGAGAGGCUCUUGCAAGCCCAGAGCUGCUGAAUAUGCUUGACAGGGUGGAUUGGAGGAAUUGCAAGUAUAGCAAAGAGGAGGAAACCAACAUGGCAAAGGAAUUGAGAACAGCAUUUCAGCCUUUUGAUUUUAAUUUAUGAACUGUGUUGACACUUUGAAUGUUUAUAUUUGUAUAUAGGAAUAUUGAACUAUCAACAAUGUCUCGUUUCACAGUUGUUAUAUGCAGAUUUGUAGACUAUGGACAACUUUUAUUUUCACAUAAAAAUAAUUGUCCUGCAUUCAAGUGUUAUUAUCCAAACAGUGCAGAAACUACUGAGAUUUUUAAAA